UGAUUCUUUUGUAUAUCAUUAUGCUGUACACUUUUCUGUUGUACCAUUUUCUUUUAACCUUCAGAUGCUGAACGAAUUAGACCAUCUUCGCUUUGAAACUGUGUUGAAAUCAUUGUCAUCUCCUCCCCGUGGCAUACUUGGAACACUUCUAUAUUCACCUCAUUGCUAAAUGUCAUAGCACAAUUUUUAUUAAGGAUAAGUGCUUAGAUGCAGAAUUAGGCUACAUGAGAGUAACAUGCAGCGGGUUCUAAACUUUCUGUUUUUUUUUUAUAUCAAGUAACAUGCAUAUUACUUCUGAAUUCAUGGGUCAAGUUAAUCAUCUAAAGAAUUGGGAACUGUUAGCAUGUAAGGACUUCUAAAAGUGUACUGAAAAGCAAAAUACUGAAAAACUGACCCCUAGCCCUGACAAUAGAUUGAACCUAUCACUAAACUGAAACAAAAAAUGUGAGCUACAGUUUCUGAACUGAGUGUGUCAAUUGCUAGUCAGUAGGAUUAAUUCACAGCAGGAUUAUAUAAUCUAUUCUAAUUUCUGAAACUGUGAGUAUCAGUUGUGUCAUGUUUCUUAGUAGCAUCCUUAUCUGAAGGUUUGAAACUAUAAUACUCUUUGCUCUGUUAAUCCUGAGAGCUAUGGUGUUGCAGUAGUUUGAAUCCCACAAAGUGGAGUACUAGAUGAAUUUAAAUCUGAAAAUGUACUGCUUGUAGUUGCUAACUGAAUUAUUUGUGCCAUCUGCAUAGCUUGAAGCACAAGCUGCAUGUCUCUAACUUGGAUUCUGUUAAUUUCAUUUCUUAACACUCUCUAAUCCUAUAAUGAUUGUCUGAUCUUGCAGCAUGAUUAUUAAUUUCCAUGAUCUUAUCACGGCUAGACGGUAGGAUUAUCUGAACCUAUAGCUCUUAUGCUCUGAACUUGUGAUGCUGUAAUAUGUGAUGGACGCCUGCAAUGCUGCCACAUAAUCUGUUUCUUCUAAAAUCUGGAUGACUGAAUCUGUUAUUUUUACAUACAUGUGUGCAUUCAGAUUAAACUAAACUAUCAGUGCUGAUUUUAUGUUUCUCUUGAGCUCCAUGUUUAUGCAGAGGAAAUAAUCAUGGCAGCAAGAGCUCGAAGAAUAAGGAACUUGAACCUCCCAGAAGUAGAGGAUGCAGAACCUGCUGAGGAUGAGCAUGACAAUUCAGCAGAGAAUGAGAACAAUGAAAAUUUACAGGGCCCUCCUCAUAUUGAUGGUUUAUUAGCCCGCAUGCCACGCUACCAUCCUCGAAGUCCAAUUAAGAUAAUAUGGUCAAAUGGAGAGUUGAGGCAAGUUUUAUGUGAUUUCACAAUUUCAAAUCUAUUGGAAAUAGAAGGAGGAAAGUUAAUUGUAGGGACUGAUGAAAAUGGAGUCCCAAAUGAAAGGAUGCAUAUUUUGAGGAAUUACAAAAAAGGCAAGAGAACAACAAUAGUAAUCUUUCAGCUCAAGAUUUCAAUGAGGUGUUCAAUGAGAUAGUUGCUAAGGAGUUGAAGGCACAUGGGUACUAUGAUGAUAAGUAUUGGAGUCAAAUGUGAGUUUCUCAAGGUGUAACUUUUGUUACUCUAACUGAGGAAGGAAAAAGCUACUCCCUCCGUCCCAAAUUACA